CGAUAUCAUUACUGCAGAUGGAUUAAAAGAAUGAUAUAACGAAGAAAUAAAAGUUAAAGUUGAUCCUAGUUGAUUAAUUAUGGGGAAUACUGAAAGUAAUGUCACGAGUGGUGUGAAAAAACAAGCUGGUGUCUCCACACAGGCCUUAUAUAAGUUUGUAAACCUGAAAGGCGGUGGUCUUUUAGUUGACAUGAUGAAACGUGCUUGUCAGACUAAACAAUUCGCAGAAAUCGAUCAUGCCAUCAAGACUAAAGUGGAGCCCUUUUUGUAUAAUAAAGGUGCUGGUCGCUACUUUCCUGUUUCGAAAAUGGUUUUAUUACGUAAUAAAGAAAGAGCAAGAACUAAGCAACUACCAGAGAUUAGAGCGUUGGAAAAUCCUGAUGAUGAUUUCAAUAUACACGACUACUGUUCAGAAGUAUCUGAGGCGGAAUACAUAUCAAAUCCGAGUGCCUAUCGGUUUGUGUGUUGGAAUUUAAAUGAAAGAGGAGCUGUUGGAGAAACUAUUUUACACUUGUGUUUGUUAAACGCAUCUUCUUUACACGCUGACUUAGCAAAGAGGUUAUUGAAAUUCUAUCCCAAACUUAUAAUGGAUAUAUAUCUGAGUGAUGAAUAUUACGGAGAAAGUGUACUACAUAUAGCUAUAGUCAAUGAAGAUCCUGCUAUGGUGAAAUAUCUUUUGGAUGCCAAUGCAUAUGUUGAAGAGAGAUGCUGCGGUGCUUUUAUGUCGGCAGAAGACCAGAAACCUUCUCGCUUCGAUUCUCCCGAUCAUGAGUAUGUUGGUGUUAAUGCUAUAACUAACUACGAUGGUUAUGUGUAUUGGGGAGAGUAUCCUUUAAGUUUUGCCGCCUGCCUAUCUCAGGAAGAAUGUUUUCGCUUAGUUUUGGCUCGGGGAGCUGAUCCCGAUUUGCAGGACACAAAUGGCAAUAAUGUAUUACAUAUGAUGGUUAUAUAUGAAAAAAUUGAUAUGUUCGAUGUCGCUUACGAAGUCGGAACUAACGUGCAUCAACGAAACGUUCUAAAUUUAACACCAUUAACCUUGGCUGCCAAGUUGGGCAGAGUGGAAAUGUUUUUUCACAUCAUGAGCAUAGAACGUGAAAUAUAUUGGCAACUCGGAAGCAUCACUUGUGCAGCUUAUCCCCUUUCAAAAAUUGAUACAAUCGACGUAAAGACGGGCAAUAUAAACAAGGAUUCCGCACUGAAUUUUGUAGUAUUUGGUGAUAAAUUAGAACAUUUGGAGUUACUGGAUGGUGUUGUCAUAGAUCUCUUAAAAACUAAAUGGGAUACUUUUGUAAAAUCCCGUUUUUACAAACAGUUUUACAUGUUUUCCUUUUACUUUUUAUUUUCGUUGGUCAGUUUUAUAUCACGACCAGGUCCUUCCGAAAAGGUGGAUGACACCGAAAUAAGUAAUAUAUCAUUUUAUACCCAACAAUAUUCUGCGGUUACAAAAAUAAUCGACAAUAAGUUGCCUUAUAAAACGUUUUGGCUUAACUUCAGUGAGUAUAUUGAUGAUGAGGGUGAUGAUAAUAAUUUACCUUCCUGGUGGAGUAGUUAUGAGGACUGCCCAUUAAUGAAUAUGGAGUCGAAUUUGGCCAAGGUACGAAUUAUGUCGGAAAUAGUUAUAUUUUUUGGAGCCAUAUUGUAUCUGUUGUCUGCUCUACGGGAAGCUCGAUUUCUGGGCUAUAAAAUGUUUAUUGAAAAUCUUAUGACCGCACCAUCUAGGGUUAUGUUUCUAUUCUCAUGUUGUCUAAUGAUGACCAUUCCGUGGUUGAGAUUAUCCUGUUUAACGGAAUUAGAUGAUCAUGUAGCAGUGUGCAUUAUGUUAACAACCGCACCCUACUUUCUUUUCUUUUGUCGAGGUUUUAAAACUGUUGGCCCUUUUGUCGUUAUGAUAUAUCGCAUGGUUAUGGGUGAUUUAAUUCGUUUUGUAUCCAUUUAUCUAGUGUUUGUUAUGGGGUUUUCCCAAGCGUAUUAUAUUAUAUUUUUAACAUUUGAUAAUCCAGCAACUCCAGAAGAGAUUGAUGAUACCGGUACUAAUCCCAUGCCCUCGCCAAUGGAAUCGGUUGUGGCCAUGUUUUUAAUGUCUCUUACCAACUUUGGCGAUUAUUAUGGUGCAAUGUCUUCAACGCAACACGAAGCCGAGGCAAAAAUACUCUUCUUUCUAUUUAUGGUUAUAGUCAGUGUGUUGCUGGUCAACAUGUUAAUUGCUAUGAUGGGUAAUACAUAUCAAAAAAUAGCAGAGAUCCGCAACGAAUGGCAGAGACAAUGGGCCCGAAUUGUUUUGGUAGUAGAGCGUAGUGUCCCGCCUGCGGAAAGACUAAAAAAUUUUAUGCAAUAUUCCCAGCCAAUGUCAGAUGGCAGAAGAGCCCUUGUAUUACGUUUAAAUAUGAGUGAUGAAGACAAAGAAGAAAUGAAAGAAGUCCAGGAAAUGAAACGAAUUCAUGAACGAUUUUCGAAAAAACGCCAACAAGAAAGGGAAGCUCGCACUAAAAAUAGACAAGAAGUAUACGAACAAUUCUUUGGCGCUACUUCAGAACAUAAUGACAAUAACAACUAAAUGCCGCACUCGUUUUGAAUAAGAUGUUCAAAUUUAAGAUCCACUUUCAUCUAAUCACCCACAAAUAACAUUGACGAUAAGCCAGAGAGAGUCUCAUUAAGCAAUAACAAAUAAAACACAGAAAUUGUUUAUAGAAUUAACAAGUAUGUAUGUAUGUACGUACUAUAUUUUUAAUUAUUUAAUUAUUGUUUUCAUACAUACACAAACGUUAUUCAUUUAA